GAUUUCUCAGUUUGACGUUUUGAAGGUUUUCGCAUAUUUCCUUUGAAAGUUGGAAGCAAGUCGGAUGAGCAUCCACAUAUUUCCUACACAAUGUGGUGUGGAUCCCUCGGGAAGCGAAAUAUCAACUACAGACAGCCUUAUUCAAGAAUUUCAAGAAUUCGAAGCACAAGUGUAUUCUGGUGCAUUAUUCGAACAAAAAUGCAGAACUAGUACUCCAUCAAAUGAAAACAUUAAUUCUUUACCAAGUCAAAUGAUUAAUAUCCCCACAAUAAGACCUGACCCAUCUUCUCGAGGAACUUGUGCCAAGCAGCAUUUGGAGAAUUUUGGUCCGAAUGAAGUUUCUGAUGUUGAAGUAGACAGUUUAGAUGAUGAACCAGUGAAUUCUACAGUCCAAAUCAAUGCAUCAUCAAAAACAAACGCAGAUAUAUUUGGAUCCAAAGACAGUGAUUCUUUUAGUAAUCGUGCAAAGCUUUCACGUAUUCCACAGCUGAUCAGAUCCCCUAAUCGUUCCCUUAGUCAAUCCAUCAUUUCAAACAAUCAGGAGGCAACGAAAAAUAUUGCAUCUACAAUAUCUCGCCACAGUCUCCCUUCACAGAUGGAGUUUCCUGUCUUACAGUCAUCUGCCAACACAACAACGACAACUAGUAAACACCAUGUGUCAAAUUCUGACUUUAUUAAAGUAAAAUCUUCAGGAAGCAAUCAGUAUUUCGUCCCGAAUUUACUUACAACACCAGAUGUGACGGAAAGCAAUCAAAAUUUUCAUUUGAAAACAUCUCUCUCCAAUCCUACAUCUUCACAGUCAAGUUUAUCAUUCGAUUUAAUGAAUAACUCAAGAUCAUGCAAUAAAAGUCGAGUACAGGUCACAGUUAAGAAGUUGAAUUCAUCAUCUCCAUCUAUAAAUAAUUUAGAUUUAUCUAAUCUGAACAAAAUAAAUAUGGAUUCGAUUGCAUCGUAUGCCCAUGAAGAUCCAAUUGAAACACAUGAUCUAGUUGUAGCUAAAAUGGCUGCGGAUGGAGUGGUUUGGGUACCAUCUUCUGACGCAAAUCAUUCUACCAUUAAUAGUACAAUUGCUGAAAAAAACGAGGUUCAUCAAUCUAUUUUACAAAAAACUGAUCAAUUGAGAUGGUAUUCCGAGGAAAUUGAAGAAGAGAAAAUAAAUGAUAAUCCUGUUGUAAGAAGUAAUUCAAUCACUGAGUCUCAUAAUUCAAUUAAACACAAUUCACCUACUAUCCAUAAUAAUCCUACAAUUGAUAAUAAUGUAAAUGAAACUCAUAGUGAAAUUGCCCAAUCUUCAAACGCGCAUUGUCGUUCAUCGUCUUCUUCAAUACAAAAGGUGUUUAACUCAUCUAAUUGUAAUUUUAAAGAUUCACAAAUUGAUACACCAGAAUCCUCUUCAAAACAAGUUGAAUUAGAGGCAAAAUUAAAAGAAGCUAUGAUUAUUCGUAAACAACAAGAUGAUUAUAUAAAACAAUUACAAAUGUACUACGAUAAUCUGUUAACGAAACAUGCUCUAGCUGAAGUUACCAUAGAUCAGUUACGUAUGGGAAUACGCGUUGGAAUUGAUGUAAACAAUCCGAGCGAUACACCAUCUCAGAAUGUAUCAAAUAAACCAAGAUCUCAUAGUAUGCAAACUCUACAUUCCAACAUUAAUAAUAGGCGUGUAUCCGAUGUAGGUUAUCCUCAAGUGAAUAGUGGUUAUCAUCAGACUAGAAAUAAUUCUAGUAAUAAUAAUAAUAAUAAUCUACAUUAUUCAUCAACACCUUUGUUAGAACAACAGAAAAAUCGAAUAAAAAGAAAUUCAUCGACACACGAUACAAGAAUUUUAUCAGUGACUUCUGAUAGUUGGGAAACUGGACUAGGUAGUAUCAGUAAUUCUAGUCAAAUUCAUCGUCAGAAAGAUACGCCUAACAUAAAUAAUUAUGGUAAUCAACAAUCUGUUUUUCAUAGUCAAGAUCGUAUCACAACAAGUAGUAAUAAUCCUAUACUGGGUCAAAAUCACUUCAGAAAAUCUUCUGAUCCUUCUCUAUGUUCUGGCGAUGAUGCUUCUCGUUUUCUCAAUGAUCCGAUGAAAACGUCCAUCAACUCAAGAAGAAAUACAAUAGCAAAUUCAUGCUCUCCUGGACAACAACACAAACAACAAAAUCAAAUGAAUUUAUCAUCGUCAUCAAAUAGAAAUCACAUAUUUUCCGUUUUGGAAUCACACAAUGGAUGUAACAAGAAUGAAGUGAUUAUCAAUGAAGAAGAGUUUUACAGUACACCGACGAAUUUAAAUCAUAUUAGUGAUCAAAAUAAACAACCAGACUGUUCAAAAGAUCCAAUAGACAUUAUUCAACACUCACAGAAAGCCAUUUCUACUGUUGCCGCGCCAUUAGUCAACGGUACGCCCGAUUUAGAUGACGAUAUAGUGUGUGGUCCUGAAGCUAUUCAAAUGGAAUUGCUUCUACGUGUUGCUGAUUUACAAACACGUUUGUCUACAAUGGAAUUGUACGCAAAUGAACAUCGAUUUAUUCCAGAUGCAGAUUUAGUCACAAUGCAAUUGGAUUAUGGAACAUUGAAAAAUUAUUAUGAUUUAGCUAAAGUUCGUUGGGGUAAAGACCCUCAGUUUGAUGUCAAUAAAGUAUUGAUUGGCGAAAUAAAUCACAUGGGUAGUCAGUUGGAUAAAUUAGGAAGUUAUGUAUUAAAUAGUGGCGAAACAGUAUCAUCUCCAUUAUCUACAAAUUCUUCAUCACCUGCACCACUUCCAACGCCACAACCAACUUCCAUGUCUAUUUCUGAUCUACCUGUAAAUUGGAAAGACUUAAAUAUAUUUAAAAAUUCUAGUCGCAUACCUUCAGGUGAAAAUAAACCUGUGAAAAAUACUACAGAUAGUGGUGUUCUGUCAUCUCCAUCCUCUUUACCUAGUCGUUCAGAUCACGGGCGAUUAUCUUCUGUGUCUCCGUUACAUUCUCCAAUUGUUGAAGAUUCCUUAUCGGAACUUGAGAGUGUAUAUAUUGAAUUGAUGCAACAUUACAAUAAGAUUAAACAGCUUCCAAUGACUACCUUACGAGCUGAACAAUUGUACAAUUUAAUGAAGCGUUUAUAUGAUUUGGCGUUAACUGCCGAUAAUCGUUCCAGUAUUAUUGCCUCACCGGAUGAAUUAGAACGUAUUUUCCAAUUAGAUGGGGAUACCAGAAAAUUAAGUGAAAAUUUAGAACGUGCUAUUGCUUUACAAAAACAAUUAUCGAACCAUCAGAAUUUUCAUAGUUCUGAAUCGAAUACUUCAUCAUCACACAAAGAUGUUGUUCCACGGACAAGUGAAAUAAACAAUAACAAAGUUAAUUUGCCUAAAGAUAAGAAUACGACUAAAUUAUCAUCAUCUGUUUCAUUGUCUUCGUAUUCCAGAAAAUGUGAUGUACAAAAUAAUAAAAAGAAUUCUACUCAUUCACAAUCAUUCACUUCACCUGAUUCAUCAUCCAAUCAGGAUAGUGGCCUUUCAACACCCCCUGAAAGCUCUGAUGGCAUGAAGCAUGAUGAAAUCGAUCAUCGUAAUCAUCAUUACCAACAAAAUCAAUCUAACCAAUUACCUCAUCAUUAUCAGACUUGUUAUUCAUCUUCUUAUCAAACUUUGAAGCAUAAGACAUUGUCUAAUAAUAGUAAUUCACAAAUAGAUCAUUCAUUUGAUACACAAAAAUAUGAUCAUUCUGAUAGUGGUUUAACAAGAACACAUCCUCAAACAAUUCAUUCUAUACAACCUAUUAAUAGUGAUCACAGAAAAUCACCUAUAAACACAUCUUCAGCUGAAUUAAGUCAUUCAGUCUAUAAUGAUAGUGAUAAACAAGAUAAAAUGCGAAUAAUGCAAAAGAAAUCACCUGUUUCAUAUUCUUCAACAUUAUCAUCUAGUCCAAGUACUAAACAACGAAUAGAUGAUCUUGAGAAUGGUGUACGUUUAUUGAAGGAGAAUCUUGAAAAUCUUUGUUUAAAAGCUGAAAAUCGUGCACAAAAUGGUAAUGUGGAAAAUGGAAAAUCAGUUUUUAAUCGAAAAUCUUGUCAAUUCGUUUCACCUACAUUCAGUUUGCGUAAUAAUCUUCCGUCAUCAGGUGUAAAUAAUUCAGAUACUUCUGCUUUUCCACAUCUCAUCACUAGUGGUCCUCUUUUGAACAACAAUAAUAAAAGUAUUGCUGUUUAUGCGUCAUCUGAACUACCGAACACAUCAUCAUUAUCCAUUCAAGGUGUUUACGAAAAAAACCUUGUCGAGAAAUCGAAUUGCAGAAAAACAGUACUUCCACCUGGUCGAGUGUAUCAUAGAACAGUAGAUCGAAGGUUAGUAGCACAUGGUCAAGAAAAUGAUUGCAACUAUUCAUUUGUUAAACCUAAAACUAACAGUAAAGGAUAUGUAAAACCAAAGUCGAAUCGACCUAUUAUACGUACUUCGUCCAAUAACAAUUCACGCCAAAUUGCACAUCAUAUUGGCAAUUCCAGAGAUUUCAGUUGUUCUAGAAUAGUUAAUUCUUCACGACCCAACAAUAAUGCAACUCAUUCAAGUAAUGGUUUAAAUCGUUCAAUUAAAUAUCAUUCUACUUAUCAAUUAAGUAGAUCACAUCAAACUGAUUCCAGUAGCAGUAGUGGUAAUAGUUGUACAUCAUCAGUUAGUGGUGAAUACUCUACAGACGAUUCACCUACUAUUGCUUCACAUAUUUCUUCAAGUGCAUCUUCCAGUUCUAUUGAUGAUAAUUUCAAUUUCAAUCAUUCUUCAAGAUGCAAACUAAACAGUAAAUUAUCAAUGUCUGAAUCUAAUUGGCAACGUAAUGCAUUACCGACUUCGUCUGUUUCGAAAUCACUUAUGCGAGAUGAACAUUCGAAAUCACAUAGAAAAUUUCAUCGGUCAACAAGUCUUUGUAAACCAUGGGAUUCUUAUCGUACUCCACUUCGAUCUGUAACAAACAUUCAUGACAAUUACGGCUCUUUAAAUCGUUUGAAUUCUGUCCCUUUUAAGAAAUCUGUAUCGAGCAAUCCUUCGAAUUCUAAGUUUGUACAUAAUCUAGAAAAUACCUUUGGUGGUUCAGUACCGAUUGUAGCCAAUCUGGACACACCAUACGAGCCUGCUCACCUCCAACCAGGAAAGCAACAAUCUUCGCGUGUGUAUACAGCCUUUGAUAGAAUUCAAAGAAGACCUCAAGUUCCAUUUCAACCAUCUUUAUAUUUCUACCCUUCGACAGAACGAAUUCUUUACUCUCAUCCUGUUCAAACACCAUCUGUACGCUUUCUCAGUAAUCACCGUGAAGAUGUUUUAUUUUCACCACGAAUCCCUUCUAGUUUAAAUCAUACCUCUGCUUCCCAUCUCAAGACAACAUUAUGCGAUGCCUGUGGUGGAAGUGGUCAAGUAUUAGAUAAUUCUAAUGAUGGAGGUCUUCUAAGUGGUCGUUUAACUGAACCUCCACUUAUCCGCCCAAAUAUUGGCUUGAAUCCCUUACAUCGAAAAACGUUAUCUUCAGCCAGAACUAAAGAAUCUCGUGCACGUCCUUUAAGAGCUUCACACCCUUGUGAUGAUAACUCUUUUUUACAAUCAUUACGUUCAAACUUAUUUGAAAAUGAAAAUACUUAUAGAAAUAUCGUUUUAAACCCUGUAAAUCCAUCUACUUAUUAUCGUGAUUUUGAACGAAUCGAUCAAUCUGGGAAAUUUGGAUCACUUUCUCGUAUUAAUAAACAUUCUCGUUCAAAGCAGAUUAAUCGUUCAUUUCAUACACAUAUUUCACCAAAUCAUUCAAAGUAUUCACAUCAUUCGAAUAAAACUAGUAAUUAUCAUAACGAUAAUAAUCAUAAGAAUAAUUUUAAAAAGAUGGAGAACAAUAAAACUAUUGACAUAAUGUAUUCAUCUGAAGAUAGUAAUUCAAGUAUAUCCUCGAACGAUAAACAUUCAAAUCAUUAUAAACAAGUUUUACCAAUGAAUAAUUCGAAUUCUGUAGGGAAAUGUGUUAAUCAAUCGAGGCAACAGUCAACAGGUUCUCCAUCGACAUCAGCAUCAUCCACAUUAUUACCAGCUUCAUCAGCUCUACAAGAAAUCCUUAAAACAGCUUCAUCAACCAGCCGAUUAGCACAAAAACUUCGUUGUAGCUUAGAAGAUUUGUGUAAAACUGAAUCGAAAUAGAGCGAAUUUUGUGUUCCAAACUUUCAACUAUAUUGUGUAUAGUUAUGUACUUGUGUGUGUAUUUCCUUCUCACAUAGUUUUACUGAUUUACUUUCCUUUGUAUUUUCACUAUAUGCACAUCCCAUCUUAUACGUGCUUACCAAUUGUAUGUAAUGGGAUGUCGUGAUAGAGGACGUUGCCUGUUUGUGUAUGUGUAUACAUGUCUGUGAUAGGGAAUUUAUGCGAUCUUUUUUCAGCUUUAUCUCCUAGCUUUCAUAUAUAUAUUACGUAUUAUCAUUGAACAGUAGAUAUAUUGACUGAUUGUUUGAUUAAGAAUAAUCUUUCUUAUACUGAAUAUAGCCAUAUUUCUUUAUUCUAGUAAAACAAAUAACUGUAUUCUAUAUAAAUAUGUCCUUCUUUGUAGAUAACCGUACCUAGUAAAUAGUGUAUAUCUUUUAUUUCAUCGCUUCAUUUUAAUCAUCCUAUAACUCUAGUGUUAAACUCAUUCAUUAUUAAUAUGAUUACUAUUAUAAUUAACAUUGUUACCUUAAUUAUAUUGAACCUGUCUUUAUCAUAUUCUCAAUUUUUUACAUUCUUCCUUUUGUAAUGAUAUUCUUCACUGCCUUCAAAAUACGCUUUCGAACUAUUGUCAUAUUGAAAUUAGAAAGUGUGUGAAUUGAUUAAAACCAACUUGAUAUUCUUAUGCAUACACAAACUACUGCUGUAUGUUACUGCUUUCUUUAAACAUUUCCCCUUGUAUUAUGGUUAUUAUUUUAUUCAUUAAAAAUGUGCAUUUGUCCUUAUGUUAUCAUUAUAAGGGCAGAAAGAUGUUACUGUGUCUGUGUUUUUUUAAAAAAUAGAUUAAUUAUUUCUCAAUUGAACAGUAUUAUACAUAUUCUGUCUUUGAAGGAGUUUUCCUUCGAGAUUUCCUUUCUUUUAGAAUUAGUAACCCAUCCAUCUGUUACUUUUUUGAAAUUCCUCGUAUGUUGGAGGUCCAGUUGUUUGUUUGUUGAUUUUCGAACCCUUGAAUUCAUUUGCAUUGUUUUCUCUAUUUGUUUCUUUCAUCAGUGUUACUUCUUUCCAGUUUGUUUUAAUUCAUGAAUAAAUUCUAAGUG